GCCGCCCUCUUCUUCCUCCCUCCCGGCCGCCGCCAUGAGGCGCUUCCUCACCCACCUCCACCGCCACUCCCACACCCUCCGCCCAUCCCAGCCUCUCUCUCGCAUCCCCACCACCAAGAUCAACCUCCCGUUCCUUCACUCCCGGCGCCUCUUCUCCGACGACGCCCCGCCGCCGCCCGCAGAGCCGUCGCCUACCCCUCCUCCGGCCGCCGAGCAACCGCCUGCUCCUCCUCCGUCCUUGGCCGACGUCCCAAACCAAGAGCUGAAGCGGAGAUUGGAGGCGUACUACAAGGUGGACGAGGAGACGGAGCUAGCGUCCGUCGCCGAGGCCCUCCUCCAGCGGGGCCUCGCGGACGCGCACAGCGAGACCGACGAUGAGCUCAUCGAGGAGCUGCGCGACCAGCCGCUCCCCGUGGUCCACGACAAGGACUUCGACUCCGACUUCGACGAGAUGCACGAGACGGACGAGGAGCUGCCCAACCUGUACAACGCGAGGGAACAUGUCGAGAAGAAGAUGAGGAAGGACGAGCUCUUCAACAUGGAUGACGCCAAGUGGGACGCCAUGGUCAAGAAAUCAUCGGAGGAGCGCGACCGUAAAGUGAAGGCCGAGCUAGUUAAGGGCAAGCAGGAGUUUUUUGCGGAAUGCAGGUUGAAUGAGAUUGACAUGGAUGAGACCAAGUGGGAUGAAGUUGUCAAGGAAGCAACAGAGGAGAGCGGCCUCGGUGACAUGAAGGAGUGUGAGGAUAUCCUCGAGGACAUGCUACACUGGGAUAAGCUACUACCUGAUGAGAUAAAGCAAAAGGUGGAUGCCAAAUUUAAUGAGUUGGGGGACAUGUGCGAGAGGGGGGAGCUUGAACCUGAGCAGGCUUAUGAGCUAUUCAAAGAAUUUGAGGAUAAGAUGGUCUCAGAGUGCACAGAACUAAUGGAAGCAGAGCCACCAACUGUUGAUGAACUUUCCGAACAAGAUAAGAAGAGUGUUAAGCUGAAUGAUCCACCUGGUGCGGGACCUGUUCUAAGGUGGGAGUCAACUAUUGUCUUUGCUCCUGGUGGUGAUGCAUGGCAUCCCAAAAAUAGGAAAGUUAAACUCAGUGUAACUGUCAAGGAACUGGGACUUUCCCGGCAUGCUUUCCGUCGACUACGUGAGGUUGUUGGAAAGAGGUAUAACUCAGGAAAAGAUGAGCUUACAAUAACCAGUGAAAGAUUUGAUCACCGGGAGGAGAACAGAAAGGAUUGCUUGAGGACACUGUAUGCUCUUGUGGAAGAUGCCAUGAAAGCGGACGUGUUGGCCGAUGAUGCUAGAAAUGCUUAUGUUAAAGGGAGGCUUAAGGCUAAUUCUCAGUUCAUGGACCGACUGAAGAUGAAGACACAGAAAUUAAGGCAAGCUGCAUAAGGCUUGGCUAUGGAGCUUCCAGUUGGAACAAAUCAUCUGUCUCGUCAUCAGUAUGGAGACCAUCCUGUUCAAUAUCUGUAUUGUUAUAAAUGGGGGAAAUUGUGCCCUUCUGUACUUCUGCCUUUGUUUGCACCCUUUUCUAGGUUUUACUGCAUUACUUUGUUCCUUCCAAGAGAAAACUGUAGUUUAUUCUGAACAUACGCCAUGCCUGUGCUGCCGUGCAAACCAGUUUGCACAAGCGA